GACCACAACGCCGUAGAAUGCAGCGACUCUGGCAGGGCUCAGCGUCCCCAGCAAAAGGCUCCUCUCCCCUAGUGCCUCAUUUCGCCCUUUCGCCCAUCGCCUGUCUCUCUAGCCCGACAUUUCCCGUUGAUCUGUCACUGAUUACACCCCCAGAAUAUCAUCCAAGAGAUGAGUAGUCGAGGCGGGAAACUAGCACCCGACGUCAAUCGAGCUCUGUUCGUGAAGAAUCUGAGCUACAACGUAACGCCAGAAGAGUUGUUCGAUCUCUUUGGAAAAUUCGGCCCUAUACGCCAAAUUCGACAGGGUAUUGCCGGUAAUACCAAGGGUACAGCCUUUGUCGUCUAUGAGGAUGUCAUGGAUGCUAAGCAAGCCUGCGACAAACUAAACGGCUUCAACUUCCAGAGCCGCUAUCUCGUUGUAUUAUACCACCAGCCCGAUAAGAUGGCCAAAUCAAAAGAGAACCUCGAUGCACGACGCGAAUCUUUAGCGCAGCUAAAGAAGCAGCAUGGUAUAGAUUGACAAUUUGACCGGUCUGUAGAUGGUCUGCGAGGAACCAAGGCUUCCUCGUCUUCUGCAGGCCGGUCUUUGUCAACCUCUCCACCUAUCUCCUCCGAUCCGAAGACGAUUCUGAGGAAAGAUGGGCAGGCGAUCGACAAGACUCCCACGGAGUCAACUAGCCCCCGCUCCGUUCGCUUUGUCGAAAACAUGCGGCGCCCUGUUGUGACCGCCGUAUGAAUGCUACGGCCGCGCUGCCCAAGCUCGACUGCCACUGCGACGGCUCAAUACAGUCGAUUUCUUUAUAUCCUAUGUUUGUGGUUAUGGCAGAGGCGCACACGUUGGUUACUCGACAUCUGUGUCUUCCUUUCCCCAUGAUCCGAACAUUGAUAACUUGGGCACAACAUUGGGCUAAGCUCCGAUUACACACGCCACUCUUCUCUACUCGCUUUGAAGCAUUACGUUGGCCGAUGGUAAAGAUUUGCGACAUCGGGCCUGCCAAUAUGCUUUCAUCGAUGUUUGUAUAACGGUUCGGACAUUGGUUGACGAAACGUCAAGUCGCCAACGGGAGCAUCUUAUUGUUAUUCUAUUUGCCGCACUCUUUUUGUUGCUGCGCUCUCUUCACGUCGGUUUUCUUUAUUUUAUGCAGGUGUUUUUGAAAUGACAGUUAUUUUGGGAUUGGCCGUUGGCCCCUUCCAAUACAAGACUACUUGCGCUCUACGUUCAUGUCAAUGUAUGCCCUACCACACUUGCUGAUCGCACUGGCGGCCCGGCAGAAUUGUAAAUGCCUCUUUAGUAUGUGGUGUAGAUGUAACCCGUGGAAAUAAAGCGUCGAGGACAGCUCCUGAUUGUAGCCACUCUAGGCGAAGCCAACAAAGUAAGGUGGCCGGUUUAUGAUGGCGCUCCAUUAUGGACCAACGAAGAUAAUCUACGGUAGGCUAAUUUUUCCUUUCCAUCAUGGCUCUACGGAGGGGCGUCAAUGUGCUUUAACGUAUUCUAUAUUUGGCCAUUGGAGGUGUUGUGUAUCUAGACAGACACCACCAGCAGGGGAGUGAUGUUGGAUCAUGACUGACGAGGCAGAUUGACUCGGUUCUUGUGUCAGGUUAUGCUGGAGGUAUAAUGGGUGUACACAGGACUCUACUCAAGGCAGGGUACUCAGCCUGCCACCUUCUAUCGCCCAACGCUAUGGUCAUUUCAUAUCAUCUGACGCAGGGCCAGUGGCUAUGAGAAUGGGCCAGGCUGAACAUUCAUGACCCGUUGGCCGCUGCCAAAAAAUGCGUACGCUCUUUAGAGUCCGGCUUUGCAAUAAGAAGAAAUUUAACAAUAGUUAGAGGGUAGAAGGAUCAAGUCGAUCAGGAAUAUGACAAGUCGUUAUUGCUCUU